AAACAUCGGACGAUAAGGUCGUGUCCCCAUUUCAUGACAUACCUCUUUUCGCCAAUGAGGAGAAGACUGUCUUCAACAUGGUGGUGGAGGUGCCGCGCUGGACGAACGCUAAGAUGGAGAUUGACACCAAGGACAAGAUGAAUCCCAUCAAACAAGAUAUAAAGAAGGGAAAGCUGCGCUUCGUAAACAACUGCUUCCCUCACCACGGUUACAUCUGGAACUACGGCGCACUGCCACAGACGUGGGAGGAUCCAAGCCACACGGAUAAGGCGACGGAAUGCAUGGGCGACAACGACCCUAUUGACGUCUGCGAGAUUGGUUACAAGGUGCACAAGCGAGGGCAGGUGAUACAGGUGAAGAUUCUAGGAACAUUGGCUCUGAUCGACGAAGGCGAGACUGACUGGAAGGUGAUUUGCAUUGAUGUCACAGAUCCGUUGGCAAAAGACCUGAACGAUAUCACGGACGUUGAGAAGCACAUGCCGGGUUUCCUGAACGCUACCGUCGAGUGGUUCCGCGUCUACAAGAUACCGACGGGCAAGCGGAGAACCAGUUCGGCUUCGAAGGUCAAUUCAA